AUGAACGGUGCUCUCGGUAAUCCGCUAAUCCCUCUCCAACCAUCCAAACUCAUGGCAUCGAUGGCAACAGGCAGCUGCAUCGUUGUUCGUUGGAAGUCGAACCGGUCUGAUGUUUCCGACAACCGUCAGUAUUGGUGUAAAAAUAACGCGCUCGAAACUGGAAGUUGCGCUCGGAUGUUUUGCGCUGCAGCUGACUGCAGGAGCACGAGUUUAACAAGGCGACACCUAUUGAUCCGCUGUCCAUUUCAUUCGCAUGCUCCGCUUGUUUCCGGUUUCCGAUUUCGAAUUUAUAUGUUGUCCUGA